UUCUACAGUGAAGAACUACAGCUCUAGAUGUUUCUUACUCUUGGAAUCCUUUAGUAAUUUAUUUCAGUGCAAUAAAGACUUUAGUUUACAAAUAAAAUAUCUAAAUGUAUCGAACAAUCAUAGAACUGUUACUAAGUAUGAUGCUAAAUUUGAUAAAAAUGAACAUAUUGACAACGAUGAAAACAUAUUGAAAAACUUCAUGAAAAAUCAACAUUUUAUAAACUAUAUACCCACCCAAGAUUACCUGAAGAGACACUAUAUGACAUUUCCUAUAUCGUCUGGAAAACGUCUGGCGUCUUUUCGUCCACUUUUGAACUCAGAGUUACCUGACUUUGUCUCUUUUACAAAACUCUCAUCUGGUGGUUUCUUUUAUCCUGGAAAUGGAUUGUACGUCAAAUGUAUAGGUUGCGAUAACUUGGUAGAGAUAAAUAGAUUCGAGAAUGAACCAUCAAGUGAAACCUAUCACAAGCCUGCUUGUAGGUUUAUCCAAACUGAAUCAAGAGAAAAUUCACACGAUAUCAGCGUUAGACCCCCGUCAACACAAGACGUCUCGGCCUCUUCAAGUCACAGGACAGACUCUCUCUAUCAAAGCACUGACCGCAGUCCAGUAAAUUCGGAUCAACUUGACCAAGUUCCUUUAACAGCAAGUCAAAUCUCAAAUGAACCACCGUCUCACCUGCCACGACCCCCCACCAAUUCAGUCUACCCUGUCUAUAGUGAUGCUGUGAAACGAUUGCAAUCGUUCGCCACCUGGCCUGCAAAUCAUUUUUUAUCGAUCAGUGUUCUCGUCAAUGCUGGAUUCUUCUUUGCAGGUUAUUCAGAUUGUGUUCGUUGUUACAGCUGUGGGCUUGGCCUGAGAUCCUGGAAGCCUGGCGAUGAUGUUGACGUUGAGCACAAAAGAUUUCGGCCAUCUUGUUCACUUCUUCAGCUCAAACAAAGAAACAAUGUAGCUAGCAAUGUAGCUAGCAAUGUAGCAAUCAAUAUUGCAAGCAAUGUAGCUAGCAAUGAUCCAUCAGUUUCAGCAAGACCAUUAGCGAAUGGAGACGCUCCUACACCAGACCCAGCAAUAAGAGACUCAAUUAGUAUUACUACCACUGAAGAACAGGUACCUGCACAGAAUGUAACAAGUCCAUUAUCCAUUAUACAUGACCUACCACCUGCCCCUGUAAGAAAUGGUCAGCCAGUGGCUUCAGCAUCACAAGCGUCUAGUGUGCAAAGAGACAUGAGAUCAGUGACCGAUGUUUCUAGGAAAUUAUUACAACGAGAAAAUGAAACCCUAAAACAGCAGAUGAAAUGUAAAUCCUGCCAGACAGCCGAUGUCCAAGAUUUAUUUGUACCUUGUGGACAUAUGUCCACUUGUAAGCAAUGUUCUAAUAAAUUUUCACAAUGUCCAGCUUGUGGGAAGAGAAUUCUGGGAACUGUUAAUGUUUAUUUUGCUUAAGAUAUCUCAUUGUUAAUAAUAUAUCAAUUAUAACAAUUUAGAAAACAGGUCACUAACACGGUUAAACUGUUUUGAAAUAGCCGAGUGAUAUUGGAUAUGUUGUUAUGUAAUCAGUAGCGGCCCUAGAGGGUUGCAAGUGGGGCAACCGCCCCAGGCCCCGCGCCUUAGGGGAGCCCCACGAUUGUAGAUUUCCUUGUCACCGUUAGCUUCGCAAUCCAGAUCAGUUCCCAUUAAUUAGGGCUUGUUGCUCAAUAGUUUGGAACUCUCCCCGCGUCUAUAUGAUACCACUUAAUGUUAAUGUUAGUAUAGCACGCUAGAGACAGAGACUUUAGAAUGAGACAGAAAGGGUCUGGGUGGAAAGAGAUUGAAAAGAUAAAAGAAAGAAUAAGUUCAACAAUCAAUAAUAAUAAUAAUUUCAUAAGUAUUUUUUAUUCUUUUUAAAUAAAUGUCGAAAGUCGAUUUUUGGCAUUAUUUAAAAGUAAUAUAUAGAAGAUUUAUAUCUGCUGGCAUUAGUUGGGAUGGUGUACUAUAUUAGUUUUGUUAUGUUUUGCAGAACACUAAGUGUAAAUUAUUGUUUAUAAUUUUAGAUUUACAAGAUAUUUUGUAGAGUAAGUGUGUAAGCGCUUCUUUUAUCUACAAUAAAAUGUUAGCCGUCGAAUUUUUUCGGCUAAACUAACAAUUAAUAUAUUUCUCUGUUAUAUAUAUUUUUAUAUGAAAAACGUAUACAUGGAACAGACAUUAUUGAUCUUUUCAAGAAUUCUUAUUUUGUAUCAAAUAUAAUUAAAUAAUUUAGAUUUUGUUAACAUCAACACAUACUCGUAAUACUUAUGUAUGAUCCUUUUUUAUUACAAUCCAUAACCGGCAUUCAUUUUAUGCCAUUUUUGUAAUGUUAUUUGUGUAUCAGAUUAUAAUGUAAUUUAUACAUGUAGAUCUGCGUCUUUCACAUUUUAUACACAUUUUUAUAGAGUUAUAUGUAUUGGAAAAUUAGUAUAAUGCGUUUAUUGUUGAAUAUUUGUAUGUAUCUUUUUUAUAAUUUGGUUUAAAUAUUUCUUUUCUUAUCUUAUUAUAAAAUACAGCCCUUACUUUACAAAAACAUGAUUACGUCCUAAGCGUGUUCCUUUGUUAAUCCAGUCAUGCAUGUUAACCAAUGACCUAAAUUCUGCCAAGUCACUGGUUUUCCUGGCUAGCUCAGGCAACCCAUUCCAUGCUCUAAUAGCACUAGGGAAGAAGGAGUGUUUGUACAAAUGUUUUUGUUUGGUGUAAUGCACAAAUUGUUUGGCUUCUGUGUCAGUAGAGCGUCUGAGUCAGUUUUAUAGUUUACAUUAUGGAAGAGACAUUAGCUUACUAGCCUAGAUUGCAUAUGUAUACUUGUCUAUAUCAGCCUUUCUCCACCUUACAGAAUGUAGCUAACUCCAGCUAGUACUCACACAAUUAUGUAACAAUAAAUUCAUUAAAUAAAAACAUAUAUUACUAAAUGCAGAUCAUGGAAACUAACUCUAAGGCAUUUUAUGUCUCAUGUGAUUAUACUGUCCCCUUAGGGAGAAUAUUGUGGCUUGAAAGACCACUGAUUGUUCGUAACUUUCACGGUUGUGACUAUGUGUACAUUUGAAAUCACCAAAGGCUUUCUUUUGUUCUUAGUAAUUUCAUCAUUAGUGAGCCAGUCCUCCAUCCUCAGGGAAAUUGUAUAAAGAACAAUGACACACUAAAUAAAAGAUUGUCAUAAUGAACAGUUUUAUUUCUUGGUGUUUGACCGGAAAAAUUAACAGAACAAUUUAAUUUGACUUACCUUUAUAUUAGGAAACUACCAUUUCAUUCAAUGUGUGCUAGAGUCUUCAUAACACGAAUCUUAAUUUGUGUUGAACUAAACUUCAAGUCUGCUCUUGAAUCGUGCACAUCAACGUAGUGAAUCCAAUGUUAUUACAUAGUAGCUCAGAUUAACCACAGACAGUUUUGUUUUUUUAGUUUAUUUCCCCUAUAAAACCUAUGUUUUUAUACAACCAAGAGUUUCAAAGACUUGCCUCUUUUAGACCCGUAGCCAGUCUGCCACGACAUAUAUCGUACUUUAAUUUCUCAAAGGCCGGUUUUAGAUAUGACGCAGACCAAGGCAAUAACGCAACUUGUAGUGAAUGCCGUUAUUACAUUCCAAUAGCUGAUGUCAAUCGAUCUCUAUCAAACGCUUACUAUCAUGCUGACGGAUGUUCCUUUGUGAAAGCAGACGAUUCAUUUGAGUUAGUCGGGUGGGAACAAUCAAAGAUAGAUGGCGACUUUCAAGAAGGACCUGACAAUACGAACUUGUUUCAAAGAUUAUAUUCAUUCUUGGAUUACCCAUUUCCGGAUGAACGUACAGAACCAUCAAUUCUAGCAGAAAAUGGAUUCUAUUUUGUUGGGCCAUGUAAAACUAUUCAGUGCUAUCUUUGCGGAACAAUUCUUCAGCUGCACGAAGAGAUGUCCCAAAAUUUCCUUCAAUAUUUCCAAUGUGCACGUUGUUGUUACAUCUCAGAAACAACUCCUUUUCAAGAUGAGAAUUUAAACGAUAGUGGUAGAGGACUUUUCUCUAUCCCACGUAGUCAGAAUCACUCAACAGAGUUUCAACGCCUUUGCAGCUUCCUUGAUGGAUGGCCAGAAAAAUUUCUGCUGCCUCCCAAGCUUCUUGCUUCUGCUGGAUACUAUUACACUGGUUUUGGGACUAUCGUAGCCUGUUAUCAAUGCGAAAUAAGGAGACGCCCAGAAGACGAAGGCUUUGAAAAUUUUUUACAGAACCUGGCAUGUUCCAAAUGCAUUCAAGAUAACAUUUCUCAGGGUAUAGAUAAUUCAAAUCACCAGACUAACCUUGACCUUGAAAGUGAAGAGAGCGCCAGAGCCAAUGAUGUUUCUACAUUAGGUGGAGCAUCAACAGGAGCCUUGCCAGUUUUAAACCAAAGCGAUGACUAUUGUUGAUAGUUGUGCCUGUGUGCGUGUGUUUGUAUAUAUAUAUAUAUAUAUGUGUUGUUGUUUUUAUUAUUAUGACUUAUUACUUAAGCUCAUAGCAUAA